AUGUUAGACGAUGUGUGUCGUAGUAAACCGUGUAUUCGCACCCGCAAUCCAGCCUAUCGAUAUCGAUGUCACAAUUCAUCGAGCAUAGAAUCUUCUUUUACGUUGACACCUUCGUCAACUGACGGCAUGAUUCAAUCCGCGGCACCGAAUGAAUUUAGUCAUCUGUAUGCGACGGCACCGUUUGACUCGAUCUACAAUAUCACCGAAGAUCUUUGCCGCGGUCGGUUCUCAUCGGUGAAAAAAUGUGUGAAGAACGACUCGUCCGAUCAAAUCUAUGCCGCAAAAGUCAUAAAAAAACGCAAUGUUCAGCAUGCCUUAAACGAAUUACGCAUCUUUCAAUUAUCACAUAAACAUCCGAAUUUUGUGACACUUUAUCAAGUAUUCGACUUACCGACCGAAGCAAUCUUUGUUCUCGAAUACGCGAAACAAGGUGAUCUUCAAUUGGCUUUAGAAUUAGAAGGUUGCUUGGAAGAAACUCAAGCCAUACAUGUGGCAAAACAAGUUUUAGAUGCUGUCGCAUUUCUUCAUGAGAAUAAUGUUGUUCAUCUUGAUAUUAAACCCCAAAAUAUUCUUCUAAUGGAAAAAUGGCCAAGCACUCAAGUGAAAUUGUGUGAUUUUGGUCUUUCCCGCGUCUUAACCAGUCAAUGCCUAUUAGAAAUCUCGGGCACAACCGAUUUUCUCGCACCUGAAGUUGUGAAUUACGAACCAUUGACUUGCGCAACAGAUAUGUGGAAUAUUGGCGUUUUAAUCUAUGUCAUUGUCACAGGACAUACACCAUUUGGUGGUGCGACGAAAUUGGAUACUCAAAGCAACAUUACACAUUGCAUACUGGAUUUUCCGAAGGAUCUAUUCGAGAAAAUCUCGAAAAAUUGUAUUGAUUUAAUCGAAAAGCUCAUCGUUCGAAUACCAAAACAUCGUUUCACUGUGUAUGAAACACUCAAACAUCCAUGGCUAUGUUUCAAUGAAGACAUGACAUUAACGAAUUCUUUGGAUGAUGACAAUGAAGAUGACGAUGAUCAAAGACCAUUGCUAACGAAUCUGUUGAAAUAG